GAGGGUCGAGUUUCCGGCGCGGGGAAGGCUCCGUUGCUGGCCUCCAGGGAGCGUCGGUUGGCUCGCCCCUCUUUCCGCGGUCAUGCUGCUCCUGUGAGCCAUGGGCGCCAGCGGCUCCAAGGCUCGAGGCCUCUGGCUCUUUGGCUCGGGUGGGCCAGGCAGCUCCGAGAGGUCAGCCGGCGAUCAGACGCUGACUCGAGCUCGGGGACUCUGCUCGGCUACCCCCUUCGUCUUCACCCGCCGCGGCUCUAUGUAUUAUGAUGAAGAUGGUGACCUUGCACAUGAGUUUUAUGAGGAGACAAUAAUCACCAAGAAUGGGAGGAAGCGUGCCAAGCUCAAAAGAAUUCACAAGAACCUGAUACCUCAGGGCAUGGUGAAACUGGAGCACCCUCGAAUUCAUGUGGACUUCCCUGUUAUCAUCUGUGAGGUCUGAGCCAAGAGAAAGUUAACUGUGUGCUGUCAGUACAUCUUAUUUGCCCAGUUUUACUGUACCACAUGUAAACCAUGCUAGGCAGCCACAUGUCCCUGCAGAGGAUGAAUUGGGAGCACGAACAGACAGCAGGCUUUGAUGCUUCUCUGUUUGGAGGCAGUGACAGCAACUGCGGCACUGGGCACACUUCUGACUAUCAGGCAUAAUAUUGUCUAAGGAUGUAUAUUAGUGGGACCUGUGUCAGAUGAAAAGUCGGGCCUUGAUUAGGAGCCUAUUCAAAAUUUCCUUCAGUGAAUCAACUAGAACCUAUUAAGCAGCUGCUAAUUGAUGCUUAGGUGGCAGCAGAUGUCAAAUGUCUUGACACUCGAGAGCCAACUUGCACUUUUUCAGGAACAGAUAUUCUGCGUGAUUACCCCAGCCAGCUUUUACAAAAGUUGAUAGUGACAUUUCAAGAUGAGUAAAGGUGAGCAGAAAACGUCUUAUGCUUCUUUGUCCACUCACCCACUUACCUUAUAAGCAUGGGCUGAAAGACUAAUACUGUACUAUAUCUUCGUGGAGGCAGGGAAAGUAAUGUUGCACUUAAUAAACUCUUCAAAACAGAAUAAUUUUUGAAGUGGUCAUAGGAAACAGACCAACACGUAGGUUUUCCUCUCUUUGUUAUAUUUCCCUUUGGAGUUGCACUAUUUUCUUUGCAGGUUUCAUCUUUUUGAACUUUGCAAGAUGGACUAAAGAUGUGAAGUAGCAUCUGGAUAUGAAGCUUUUCUGUUAAAGUGCACCAAAUAUAUUACAUCUUAGGAAGCAUUUAUCUUUCAAGUGAAUCUAUAAGAUCCUUCCCUCAUCUAGAGCCCUCCAAUAAAUAAUAGAGCACAGUGACUGUAGGGCCAGUGUGAUUUUGCUAACUGGAGCUGAUAAGAUUCAUAGUCCAGGACCUUCUCCGGAGAGCCCCUUGUCAGAAGAACAGACUUCUCUCUUCAUUCUUGUGGUAGAAUAACUUAUUCCCAUAUUGGUUUCCCAUGUUGUACAUGGAGAGCCUCCACCUAUGUCCUCCACAUGUUGCUGAAUUGAAGAUUCAAGCAUCCUCCAUCAUCGGCCAUGUUCUCUGGGACUGCUGGGGAGACAAAAGUUUCCAUCUCUUUCUUAGGUUAUACUGUCUCUACUAAGACAACUUUGCUUUGGUCAAGAUGUUUGCCACCUAAUUUGGCUGUGUAUUUUCCCCUUCAUCUUCCUCUGCCAGCAAAUAAUAACAAAAUCCUGUGAUCUUCCUUUGGCAGACGCCUUGGAUUGGGCCAAGUAGUGUCUGAUGUGGGGAUAAUGCAGCACACUUCAAAGGAAAGUUAUAUCUUUUCUAUUUUGAAGGGCCUUGCCCUUCUCCCUGAUGUAUGAAUGUGAAAUGUUUUGCUAUGGUACUGAUAGCUGAGCAAGUACUGAAGCAGUAUGCCUACCUCUUCAUCCCAGGCUUCUUGCUUUCACGAUGUAGAGCUACCUGCUGCUGAGAGGUGAUCAGGCAAACCCUGUUAAAGGCACUCUUAUGAAGAGGCUUUCAUAUGCAAUGUACAGCCAAAAGAUCCUUGCCUGCCUG